AUGAUUGACAUAGAUGACAUAGUGAAGGAUAAAGACUUGGCAUACGAAGCUGCUCUCGCUAAAAAUGACAGGGAUACGCAAACAUGGGAAUCUUACUACGAGUCAAGAUUAAAUGAUGCACUACCUGGAAAGCUUUUUGUCAUCUCGAGAGCAGUCAAGGCAAUACCCGAAUCAGAAGAUCUAUGGAUCAAUUAUUUAAGUUUAAUUGAUAGCAACUUUGGACUUAUGCUAGCACACGAAGUGCAACAAGUAAUUGAUCAAUGUUUUACCACUCAAUCAAAGUCAUUAAUUAUUUGGUUAAAGGUUUUUGACAUCUUGAUGGAACAUGCAAUCGAUCAAGUGACAUAUAUACGACACAAGUUUGAUCAAUGUUUGCAAAAUUUGCCUAUCAAAGAUCAUGAUAAGAUAUGGGUGUUGUUUAUCAAGUUUGGUGAUGUUAUUGGUGGACCCACUGCAAUUGAAAUAUACUCAAGGUUGAUGAAAUUCAUCAGUCCUAGAGUUUUGAACGGAAGUGAAAUUGGCAACCCAGCUGAGCUAAACUUAACCAUUUUAAAUUUCAUUGACAAAUUUGUCGAGCUUGGUGACGAUGACAGUGGGCACGUGUUGAAGUUGUACGCUGAGAUUGUUCAAUCAAAUGACUAUUCAAACUUGCCCAAAUCUCAGGUACAGAUUCUAUUUGAGUACUUGGAUUUGCUUACUAAGAACACAGUAAAGGAGAAGGAAAUUGAACUGCAAAUAAACAAAGCGAUACAAAAGUAUCCCGACCAAAUCACAAAUCUACAAUUAAAGUUGAUUUCAUUCUACAAAUCAAAAGUGGAUUAUGCCGAUAAGGUAAGAAUCACAUACGAAAAAGCUCUAAAGAAUUGCAAGACUGUACGAGAUUUCGAAAAAGUUUAUAAUGAAUUUACAAAAUAUGAACAAGAAGAUAUACAGUCGUACAUUGACUCCAACAAUAAUCCCAGUACAACCAUCCUUUCACAAAAAUUGACCUAUUUUGAAAAGCUUCUCAACGAUAGAAGAUUGUUGAUCAAUGACUUGCAACUUCGUCAGGAUAUAAAUAAUGUCGAUUUUUGGUUCAACCGAUUUGAUAUUUACCAAUCUCAAUUACCUUUACUUAUUCAAACCAUAGCCAAUGCCAUCAAAUCAAUCAAUCCAUUAAAGAUCCCUCGCAAUUGUCAACAUAAACUAUAUGAGAUUUGGAUCAAAUAUGCACAAAUAUAUGCCUCUUCAUCCGACUUCAAAACUGCUGAUUUCAUAUUUGGUAAAUCGGUGCAAUCGCAAUACCCGCAUCCCAAUGAAUUAGCAGAACUAUACAUCCACUGGAGUGAAAUGCGAUUAGCCAAUGACUAUUUCCCAGAACUGGAUGCAAUAGAAUUACUUGAAGAUGUACUAUAUCGUGAAUCAUCGUCAGCGAAUGAUGCAACAAUUAGCUACUCCGAUGCAUCAGUACCAGUACAAAAACGAAUUCGCAAACUGAUUCAAUUAUGGGAUUUUUACCUUGAUUUAGUUGAAUCAUUUAUUGAAUCACCACGAGAUAUCAUUUACAUUGGUAAAAUAAGUGAUGCUUAUGAAACGAUGAUUGAUUUGAAAAUUGCCACUCCUGGAAAAUUGUUAAAUUUUGCCACGUUUUGUGAAAAAUGGGGGUUUAUUGAAAAAUCUUUGAGUAUUUAUGAGCGUUGUUUACAUAUUUUCAAAGAUGAAGCUAUAAAGUUGGAAAUUUGGAAUGUUUACAUCACCAAGUUGAAGUAUAUUGAUCAUAAGGAAAGACGCAAAGAUAUUGAGGAGAGGUAUUUUGAGGUGGUCAAGUUCAGAGGUGUAUAA